CUAAACCUAACCCCUUACCCGAAAACCCUAAUUCCCAAAACAAAAAUCUCCCCUUCCUUUCUCCACGCACCGCGCCGCCACUCCGGAUCUCCCGGCGCGAUGCCGUGCCUCUUCGGAUCUCCCCGCGUCGUGCCUCUUCCGACACCAGAUUGCCGGCCAUCCUCCCCGCGUCUGCUUCCUUCAUCUCCGCCAUCGCUCGUCCGCCACCACCAUCGUCGUCGAGACUCGUCGCGAUUCUUCUCUUCCAUCACUCGUCGAGACGCUAGAGCGUCUUCUUCUCUUCCAUCACAGGCGAGACUCGUCGCGAUUCGCCGCUCGUCCGCCACCACUUGUCACCACCAUUGGUUCGGCUGCGCCUCCAUUUCCUUGGCGAGUGCUGCUUCUUCCGAUUUAAAAUGAAGAGAAGGAAGGAGUGAGGGAGGAGAAACUCAAUAAAUCUAAAAUGGAGAGAAGGGAAGAGAGUCUCAACUCUCAACAGAUCUAAAAUGGAGGAGAAAGGAGGAGAGAGAAUGAAGGGGAAAGUGGACA